UCGCGAGACUGCGAGCGGAAGAUGGCAGAUGGCUCUUCCUCGUAGAGUGUGUGAGUGUGUGUCGUUUGUUUACCGUUCGAUGCGUCGCUCCGGUGCGUGUUUCAUUCCCGUCCGUCUCCGUUGAGUCACCGGACAGUGUUCAUGUUGUGCGGGCUGCUGUUUUCCACCGUUCAUCUGUGUAAAUAUGACGGGAGAGAAGAUCCGCUCGGUGCGCAAAGAGCGCAAGGCGGGUUUGGAUCUGCUGGAGCCGGACGAGGAGCCGGCGGCCACCGGGCCGACCAAAGCCAACCGGGGCAGCAAGAUCCUCAGCGGCGGCAACCACAAGAUCCUCCGCUCCAGCUCGCAGCAGAACCAGAACCACGGCGACACUGACGGCGCGUAUCCCGUGCAUGAGUGCGUGUUCCGGGGAGACGUGCGGAGGCUGUCAUCGCUCAUCCGGACGCAGAACAUCGCGCAGAAAGACCUGCACGGAAACACCCCCCUUCAUCUGGCUGUUAUGAUGGGUCAUAAAGAAUGUGCUCAUCUCCUGCUGGCCCAUAAUGCACCAGUGAAGGUGAAAAACGCUCAGGGAUGGAGUCCACUCGCCGAGGCCAUCAGCUAUGGAGACCGACAGAUGAUCACGGCUCUGCUGAGGAAGCUGAAGCAGCAGUCACGAGAGAGUGUGGAGGACAAGAGACCCCGUCUGCUCAAAGCACUGAAAGAGCUGGGGGAUUUCUAUCUGGAGCUGCACUGGGAUUUCCAGAGCUGGGUGCCUUUACUCUCACGGAUUUUACCCUCCGACGCCUGUAAGAUCUACAAACAGGGCAUCAACAUCCGGUACGUUUCAGUGAGAGAUUCAUAUUUCUGCUCUGAACGUCCUCUCGUGACGUUCCCGCAGGAGCGCGUGGGGAAUUUCCUGGCGGAUUUCUACAUGGUGAACGGCCUGGUUCUGGAGUCCAGGAAGAGACGCGAGCACCUGAGCGAGGAGGACAUCCUGAGGAACAAGGCCAUCAUGGAGAGCUUCAGCAAAGGAGGAGGGAGUAUCAUCGAGCAGAGCUUCGAGCCGGUGAGGCGUCAGUCGCUGACCGCUCCGUCUCCGAACACUAUCUCCUGGGAGGAGUACAUCACCGCCGAGACGGGAAAGGCUCCUCAUCUGGGCCGAGAGCUCGUGUGCAAAGAGAGCAAGAAGAACUUCAAAGCAACCGUAGCCAUGAGUCAGGACUUCCCUCUGAGCAUCGAGUCGCUGUUAAAUGUCUUGGAGGUCAUCGCACCCUUCAAGCACUUUAAUAAACUCAGAGAAUUUGUUCAGAUGAAGCUUCCGCCUGGAUUUCCUGUCAAACUAGACAUCCCCGUUUUCCCCACCAUCACUGCCACCGUGACCUUUCAGGAGUUCCGCUACGACGAGUUCGACGACUCCAUUUUUACGAUUCCCAACGACUACAAGGAGGAUCCCAGCCGCUUCCCAGACCUCUGAGCCGCUCCCCAUCCCGCUUCACCCCGUCUCCAUCUCCUCCGGUCAAACUUCUGAGUCCAGACCAGUGCAGAUGGACACGUGUAGGAAAUACCUGACGUCAUACGAACACACAAAGGGAUCGUGCUGAAGCGAGUGUGAAUCCGAAGCGGAGCGCAGCUGCACUACAUGAUGAAGCGGUACGUUAGAAACACGGAGCGUCGCUUCACAUCACCUCUGUAACUGGCAGGAAAUACGGCAUUAAUAAAUUAUUACACAAGCCGAGUUUUCAUUUAAAUCUUUGUACAACUGUUACAAACUUGUAUACUUCACUUAAAGGAAACGUGUACAUUUAGGAAAAAAGCGGAAGUCAUCUAUAUAUGAUUUGAAUUGUAUGAAACCCGUCACAGAAUACAAUGUCUAUGUCAUUUCUACAAACUUUGUGUAAAUACCACUUCCUUCUCCAGUUCGUUUGCUUGUUGCAUUAUGGGAAAUGGGCUUGUUCACUCUGCCCUUCACUGUAUGUUUGUUCGGAUCAUUUGCUUUCUCACGUCCUAGUGGAGGAUCGGACUGGACCGGAUGUAAAUGUAGCAGAAACGCACGGGACUUUCACUUUACUUUCACCUUGAUAGAUGGAUGUAAAUACAUUCAAAUUUAAAUAUGUUUUCCAAUGUAGUAUAAUCGACUGAUGUAUAACUGAUUGAUGUAUAACUGACGACUAUGUUUAUUGAGAUAUUAGUGUAAAAUGUUUCGGAGACGUUCGAGAUAAGUGUUUUAUGUGUGUGUUUGCUGUGUGCCGAGGGAAAAGGAGCUCGCGUCACGUUUGCACCAGCAAUAUCCCGUUGGAAAGUUUCCUCUCUUAUGUCUCGUGUGUUUCAGUUGUCCUUAUCCAAAUAGAAACGUGCUGCGACGCUUCCACGACCCACUACUGGCUAGUGUGGAAACUCACGUGUUUUGCCGUUUUCCUUUUUUAUUUUUGUUAUGUUACCAGCUUCUUUUUUUCCCUGUGUUUCAUGUCAUUGUUUUUAGAGUUGCUUUAUGCCUUCAGUAAUUCUUCAGAUUUUCUCCCAAAUGCAUUGAACUCUCGGAUGUACAGCAGGAACCUCGUAUGAACCUGCUGCACUUUUACACGACAAAUUGCAAUUAAUAAAAUGUCCAGUCUGUCCAA